AGCCAUCACAGACUUGGAGGGGACAGUCUGUGACCAAGGCUGCUGCACCCCCUCCUUGGCAUCUGACUCCCUGGUCAAGUAUGAAACUUGUCCUCUCUACUGUGCUGUCCUUCGGGAUAGUGGCUCUGUGUUUUUCUGCUCCUCCCAAGCCAAUCAUCAGAUGGUGCACAAUAUCCCCAGCCGAACAGAAGAAAUGCAGUGAGCUAAAGCAACUCAUGCAACAAGAGAGCGUUGGAUUGACUUGUGUGCAGAAAACUACUUACCUCGACUGCAUAACGGCCAUUUCGAGAAAUGAAACAGAUGCCAUUACCUUGGAUGGUGGUCACAUUUUUGAGGCAGGCCUUGGCCCCUACAACCUGAAGCCCAUUGUUGCUGAAGUCUAUGAAGGGAGUCAAGGACCCACAGCCUCCUACUAUGCCGUGGCUGUCGUGAAGAAAGGAACAGGCUUCACAAUAAAUGACUUGAAAGGCAGGACUUCCUGCCACUCAGGCCUGGGCAGGUCUGCUGGCUGGCAUAUUCCCAUUGGGACACUCGUCCGCCGAGGAGACAUUAAGUGGGACGGCAUAGAAUCAGGCUCGAUCGAGCAAGAGGUAGCCAAAUUUUUCUCUGCCAGCUGCGUGCCUGGUGCCACUGAGAAAAACUUGUGCAGUAAGUGCAAGGGAGACCCUAAAACCAAAUGUGCCCACACGGCGCUUUAUGCUGGAUAUUCUGGAGCUUUUCUUUGUCUGAAAGACGGAAAUGGAGAAGUGGCUUUUGUAAAACACACAACUGUUGAAGAAAACGCCGCAGAGGAGAAGGAUAAGUACGAAUUGCUGUGUUUGGAUGGCACCCGGCAGCCUGUGGACAACUAUAAAGCCUGCCACUGGGCCAGGGUCCCUGCUCAUGCUGUUGUGGCCCCCCCGCCAAUUUGGAGUUUUCUCUCAAAAGCACAGGAAAAAUUUGGUGUUGGAAAAUCCAGUGACUUCCAUCUCUUUGGGACACCUGAUAAGAAGGACCUACACCUCAAAGACUUGCUUUUUAAAGAUUCUGCAAAAGAGUUGAAGCGAAUCCCACCACUGACUGAUUACCAGCUCUAUCUGGGCUUUGAGUAUUACAGCGCCAUUCAGAACCUCAGGAAAAAGCAGCUGAUUCCUACCCCCAAGCAAAACAAGGUCCGGUGGUGUGCAGUGGGUAAGGAGGAGAAGAGCAAGUGUGACCGUUGGAGUGUGGUGAGUGGGGAGGUGGACUGUGCUGUGGGAGCCAACACGAAGGAGUGCAUUAUUAAGAUCAUGAAAGGUGAAGCGGAUGCUAUUAGCCUAGAUGGAGGUUUUGUCUACACAGCUGGUGUGUGUGGCUUGGUGCCAGUGAUGGGAGAGAACUAUGAUGAUGAAACUCUAUGCAGCAAAGCAGGAGAACCAGCAUCUUAUUUUGCUGUGGCUGUUGUGAAGAAAUCCAACAGGGAUAUUUCAUGGAACAAUCUGCAGAGCAAGAAAUCAUGCCAUACAGCUGUUGGGAGAACUGCUGGCUGGAACAUUCCCAUGGGCUUGAUUCACAACAAAACUGGGAAUUGCAAUUUCGACGAAUACUUCGCUGAGGGCUGUGCUCCUGGGUCUCCUCCUGGCUCCCGACUUUGUAAACUGUGCCAGGGAUCAGGCUCGAUCUCAUCAAAGUGUGUUGCCAGCAGCCACGAGAAAUACUAUGGCUAUACUGGAGCUUUCCGGUGCCUAGUUGAGCAGGGGGAUGUGGCCUUUAUUAAGCAUUCAAUUGUCGAGGAAAACACUAACGGUGCAAAUACAGACGAGUGGGCUAAAAAUUUGACAAUGGACCAAUAUGAGUUGCUGUGCACUGAUGGGAAACGGGCAAAUAUCAGGGAUUACAGGUCCUGCCACUUGGCAAAAGUUCCUACUCAUGCUGUGAUCUCACGUCCUGAGAAAGCAAGUAAAAUCCGUGAGCUGCUGGAGGGACAAGAGAAAUUAUUUGGAGAAAAAGGAACUGAUAAAGACAAGUUCAUGAUGUUUAAGUCUGAGACCAAGGACCUUCUGUUUAAAGACUUGACCAAGUGUCUGGUUAAACUCCGUGAAGGAAUCACAUACAAGGAAUUCCUGGGAGAUCAAUACUAUUCUUCAGUUGCUAGUCUCAAUACAUGCAAUCCAUCAGAUCUCCUCCAGAUGUGCACCUUCCUUGCUGACUAGUAGUGGUUUGUGAGGGACCCUCGUCAAAAGGGGAGGAAACUUUGAGCCAAGACUCUUCCUUGUGUCCUCGGCAUUGAACACCUACUACUCACAGAGGACCUUCUGCCUUUGCUGCUUCCUUUACCCUUCCACAUCAUUCUGAAAGUGGCUGUUCGAAACUUUACAGCUCUCUGCUGCCAUCACAGCAAGAAAUAAAAACUCAAAGUCUAAAUGGG